CGCGCGGCCUGCGGCAGCAUGAAAAAGAACCAGACGGUGCAGGGCACCUUCAGCAAAAUCUUCGGCAAGAAGCAUGCCAACCCCAGCACCACCUCCCUCUACGCGACCAAUCCCCCUUGGAUUUUCACCCAAGAGGCCGCGGAGGAGGGGACCAGGGACUUCGAUGGGAUUUAUUAUGGAGACAAUCGGCUUGACGUGGUCAGCGAGUCAGGAACAGCCACCCUGAAACCUCGGCCAAGAGUUCGGCCCCUACUGACCUUCCUUCCGCUGAAUGCCCAGGAGAACCAUGCACUGGCUGUGCCCACCCCCUCUGUCCCAGAAGACUUUGCAGACAAAGAAGUGACAGGUACCAGCUCACUGGUCAACGGCAACCUCCGACUGUACAACUCUGUGGGUGACCUAAGGCCUGGGCACUAUGGCCAGGACCCACUCAUCCCUCCGCCUCCCCCAGGCCCAGCCCCAAGGCCACCCUCAGGGCCACCCCCAGACACCUCACAACCUCGAGGGGCAUCCCCAGCACCACCUCCGCCUCCCAAGUCUUCCCCACCACCUGCUCUGCUGCUGGAGCCCCCGCCCCCACCCAGCAUGGCCCCACCUCCACCCCCAGUAUCGGGAGUCCUGUCCCCCCCACCCACACCCACACCCCCUGAUUUCAUCCCCCCUGCCCCGCCCUUGGCCUUUCUAGCUCCACCCCCACCCCCUAUGCCAGCCCCAGCACCCCCAACUCCAGCGUCUCCUCACAUGAAGAGCGCUCACCUCUUUCCCCCUGCGGGUGUCACCAAGUGGAAAUCAGACAUAGCCCUAAAUGGCAAGCAGCCAGAGGCCCCCAGAACCAGCCCCCCCAGGAGCCCUGCUGAGCCGAGGGGGAGCCCUCUGGGACCUCAGUCAGAGCCCCACCUCACCUUUCCCCGUUCAUUCAAGGUGCCUCCCCCAACCCCAGUCAGGACUUCAUCCAUCCCGGCUCAGGAAGCACAGGGGGCUCCUCCAGAGGAAGAUGGGGCCACCAAGAAGGCCCCCGGUCGACUCCUACUGCCUCCCAACUUCCACAUCCGCCCCGCAUCCCAGGCCUACCCGGACAGGGCCCCUGAACCAGAUGGCCCCGGGGAGCUCAGGGCUGCGGCGCCUGGCAGCCCGAGGCUGAGCCAGUCCCAGACCCGGACAAAGGAACAGACGGAGACUCUACCCCCAGCCUCUCCCCUGCCUCUUCCCACAGCCCCGCCCCCUCCGCCAGCACCCCCGCUCCCUCCACCAGCACCCCCCCUACCCCCAGCUGCCCCUCCUUUGCCCUCUGAUGAGAAGGCAGUUCCUCCACCUGCUAAGGUUAUGAGAAGCCCCAAAUCCAGCUCUCCUCCCAAACCCAAACCCAACCCCCCCAGCCCAGAGGACACAGCCUCUUCAGAGCCUGUGGACUGGCGGGAUCCCAGCCAGAUGGCAAAGCUUCGGAGCGAGCUGGCAGCCUACCUCUUUGGCUCCAGGAGAGACGACCAGUGUACCAGUCACCGGCCAGGCCCCCCGGGGGUCUCUCAGGGAAAGGAGAGCAAGAAGAGCCCCAGCCUGCCUGAGAAGGAGGCUCCCUCCAGCCUGCCAGAGAAGAAGAUCCCCACAAGUGAUCCUGAGAAGAGUCCCCGUCCAGAGAGAGAGGCCACUGCCAGCCUGACCCUGCCCCCUGUGGACUACAUGCCCCAGGACUCUCCGGCUCCCAGUGUCCAGCAGAUCCGGAACGAGCUGGAAGCCCGGCUUUCCUUAGCAGAGAAGGAAUCCAAGCCCAGCAAAGGGUCGCUGCCUCCUAAACCUCGGCUAGAAGGGGGAAGAGUCUUUGAAAACAAAGCUGACAAUGGCCAAUUCUCCAAGCCUGUGGCCAAGAAUACGCCGCCAUCAUCCACCACCCCUCUGCCAACCACACCACAUCAGUCCAAGGCCAUGUCUGGGCCAGCCACGCCACCCAAGGCCACACCUGGGCCAGCCACAUCUGGACCAGCUACACCUGGGCCAGCCACGCCACCCAAGGCCACACCUGGGCCAGCCACACCUGGGCCAGCCACGCCACCCAAGGCUGGGCCUGGGCCUGCUGUGCCUUCUGCAGCAACAACUCUGCCCACCACAUCAUUCCAGCAGGUAGCAGAAAAGAACCUAGUCCCCGCUGAGCAGUGGAAGAAACCAAAGCCUCAAGAAUUUGCAGUGCCUUCCCAGCCAGAGGCAGAAGGGUGCCCCUCAGAGGCCAGUAAGCCUCCCCCACAGGGAGCCCUGUCGUCUCCAGCCCUCCCACCCAAGACAGCCCCUGGCAGGGAAGAGGGGGCGUUUCUCUACAGGCCUCAUCGCAGCCAGAACAGCCCUGGCCGAGAGGUUGCUGUGGUGAUGCCCACCAUGGCCAGAGGAGAGGCUGCCACAUCCGGGGAGCCUGUGGAGGUCAAGGAGCCCCAGGGUCUGCCAGCCAACCCCCCAGCCUCAGCCCAGCCUGCUGAUGAACCCCUCAGGCACCCGGUGACCGGGGAGGUGGUGGAGCGGGGCUCCCCGAUGGCCCUGCUCCUCGCAGCCAGACAGAGGGCGCAGAAGGGGCGGUCUCGAGCCGUCGGCCUGGGCCGGUCCUCCCUGCCGGGGAGCCUCCGCGGCCACAGCAACCCGCCCCAGGCCAGCUCUGACAGCAUCUUCCUCAAGGAGGGCCGGCCCAACUCCUUCACUGUGGUCCCCAGGCUACCCACAGAGGCUGAGAAAGACCCCCAGCUGGCCUCCUCCGCACAGCCCACUGGGCCCGGCCUGUGGAGGGCCCAGCCGGACAGAGACCCAGAGGACAGAGAGCCAAGCCGAGAACACAACUGGACCAAGGCGGGGCUCCGGGCCCCUGUGGCCUGGGAAAGAGCAGCAUCCUCCAACCUUCCCCAGGGCCGCCUGCUGCCCAAGUCCUUCUCCUCCCCUUCUUCCCCUUCCCACAAAGCCGAGGAGGAGAAGUUCAGCUUCGAGGUCAUCCCACCACCGCCAGAGUUCAGCAAUGACCCCGAGCCCCCAGCCUCCGCUCUGCAGUAUCUGGGUCGCCUGGGCUCCCCUCCGCGGAACAAGUUCUCAGACUUGGGGCAGCCCCUGGACGUGGGCCCCGCGACCUCGGCGCGUUUUCCGGCGGGUGAGCGCUACUCCGGGGCCGGAGGCCUGGAGCGCUUCUCCAGGGGGAGCGGCUCGCUCAUUAAGAGGCGCCUGUAUGUCGGGGAGCCCCACCGCAGCCCCGGGCUGUCCCGCGGGGGCACCGGCCGCAGCCUGAGCUCCCCCAACUGCUUUGGGCUGCAGCCCGGAGGACCGGAGGUGCGGCGCGUCAACUCUGCAGGCCGAGCGCGUCUGGGCAGCCUGGGAGCACGGAGGAUGUCCCUGGAGGGCUCCACUCGAGUAGAGGCCAAGUUCAAAGCUCCUGGCAAAGCUCCCACCGGCGACCGAGUUCUCCCCUCCGCUACAGCUACCGGCAGGUCUCCCCGAAGCACUCCCCACUAUAGAAGCCCCAUCAACACGUUCACCGUGAGGCCUGGGACCCGCCACCCCAUCUCCUACGCCUACUCAGGAGCCCAUCGGAACGCCCCGUCCUGAGCCCAGGGUUCUGGCCGCUCUGCUCCAAGGGCGCAGACGGGGCACUUGAGUUCAUGGGCUCGGGAGGGAUGCAGCAGCUUGACCCAGACACAGUCUUUGCUCCCCAAAGGCGGGGGAUGGACAAGGAGGGAGAAGCAGUGGCUCCAGGAAGAUCAAGAGCGGGCCUCUGGGUCCCGGUGUGCUGUGGACUGUCUGUGGAUGGGGGUGGGGGGGAGGAAGGGGAGGAGGGGCCUUCAGGAGCCUGGAGCCUGAGUUUCUAUCUGGUACUAUUUGCUUUAGCAAGGCUUAUUUAAAGCAGUUUUACAAGCACAGCCUACCAAACAGGUUCUAAAAGCAAGGGGUGGGGCAUUAAAUUCGACUGGGGACCCAUCUUGGGGUGGCUCUGACUGCCUGUCAGGCCCUCACGAAGGGCUGACCACGUGGGGGUGCAGGGCACUGCAGGUUGACCUCUCCAGCAUCUACCUGUUGCCACCCCAAGAGGUGAUUCCUGGGCCUCCUAGCACAGAAGGUGGGGCUGGGAAUGUGCCUGUAGAACAUGUAGGGCAGGGACCAGAGAGUGCUUUUCAUUGAUUGGCCAAGGGCGGGAAUGGGGACCUGACGGUGGUUUGUUUCCCUCUGGCUCUGGCCUUUGCUGCAGGGGGGCCCAGGGAGAGAAGCCGUGGCAAGUGUGAGGUGGGGACAGAGGAUCGAGGCUUACUUCCCUACUCAGACCCAGGCAGCCGUGACUUGGGGAUUGGGCUCGAGGGUCAGAAGGCCCGGGGCUCAACACCAAAGGCCUUCAAAUGUAUGGCCCGGAUGCAGUAAGGCCAUGGGGAGUGGCAGGGAGGUGGCAGGGAUGGGAAAUGUGGUCUGUGAGAUCCUGGCUGCCGACAGGGAAUAUCUUGGAAAGUCAAGAGUGGGAGGACUGGGCCAGUGCAGAGCAGGGGGCCUGUCCGUGAGGGGCCAUUCGUCCUAUGCCUGGGCACACCUGGUUUAUGCUUGCUUCGCAGUGAACGAGACCCCCUUCCACUUCCAAAAAAGUCCUGGUUGGGAUGACAUAUGGUCCCCAAGCAUCUCAGGAAACAAUGUUCCUCAGCCUGUCGUCCCUGCCUUCAGGUCUCGGUGGGCUGUGCGGCCUUUAUGAUUUGUGGUAACCUGCCAGGGUGCCAGUUCAUGGGGACAGCAGGAGCUACUUCAGGGAAAAAGCGUGCAGGGCUGGGCGGGCACCUCGGUGGGGCAGGACUGGUUACCGGUGUUCAAGAAGCGAACCUCACCCCAACGCUGUCACUAGUUCUAUAUGUGUGUAUGUAUUUUCCCUGUACAAUGUUUUAUAAAAGAGUUCACUAAUUUAUCUGCUGUGUUAGGGAGGGGUGGGGCCGUAGAUCGCUCUGGGGUGGGUGGGGAAGGACUGGCUCUCACUUGGCUUGGGAACCGAACAGGCCAGUUGGGAUAGGCCUCCUGCUCUGCGGCUGCCACAGGUUGAUGACUCGGAGCUCCUGGGGCUCCGUGAUGAGAGAGAGGUUCAGAGAGCUCAGCUGCGGAAGGCUGAGCACAGGGUGGUGGCUGAACUGACUGGUGAGCCAUUGUGCUGGACCUAAACUUUGUCUUCUGACCCUUAUGUUCUCUUGUUCUCCAAAUCCGUCAAGGGAAAGGGGCAGAGCUGAGGCCUGGAGAUAACAAGCUGCGUCCUUAAGCAAGUCUCUGUGUCCUUAAGCAAGUCUCUCUGACUCUCCGAGCCUCUGUUUCUUCUUCUGUACCCUAGGCAUGAUAAUAAUACCUACCUCAUAAAGCUGUGUGAAGAUUGGAGACAGUCAUGAAUUUAUUUAAUGAGUAUUUGAGUGACUACUAAAUGGCAGGCCCUAUGCGUAGCAUGAUGCACAGCAGUCAGCACGCUGACAGGACUGCUGCCCACAGCAAGGUUACAGCCUAGUGGAGGAGAGCGGGGAUGAAAAGAGCCCACGGAAACAUCAUAAGUUACAGUAAGCAGGAGGAAGGGAAGGAACAGGGCGUGUGAGAGCAACUGGAGGGUGAGGGAGAGAAGUGGAUCUGCUUUGACUGGGCAGUCAGGGAAGGCCUCUUGAAGUGGUGACAUCUAUGCCGAUUUAGGCAAAGCAUCCUGCAUAUGAACAGCACUCAGUAGUUGCUCAAUAAACUGCAUCUUUGGGUGAUGACUACUUUA